AUGGCGCUCUUCAGCAACGAGAAGUUGAAGUACCUGCGAACUUUAGGAUUGAAAUUUGACGCCACAGAAGAUGAUAUAAAGAAAACAUACAAGAAACUAGCCCUGAUACAUCACCCUGAUAAGUGUCAGAAUGAUCCAGAAGCUACUAAAAGAUUUCAAGAACUGAGUGCUGCAUACUAUGGCCUACAGCGACUUAAAGAGAGGGAGAGACGAGCCGCCUCCUGCAACUGUGGCCAUGCCCACUACGACUGUGGGUAUGACUUGGACUUGGACUACAGUGACUACUACGACUCUGAUGAUGAAUAUUCCCAGUUCUAUUCACAAGAUGAUGAGGAUGAGCUGCUGGAUUUCUUCAGGAAGAUUUUCAUGGAUGUUUUCUCUGAGUUUGUCUUCAAGAAAAAGUUCCAAUCAAAGAGGAAGAAACCUGACCCCUACACAACAGAGGACACGGAGGAGGAGGGCUUCUUCGAAUUUCUAUCCACGAAGUUCCGGUCGGAGGGAAGGAGCAGCAUUGAUGACUACAUCCUCACCGAAGAUGAUUUGAAGAAAUUCCAGUCCUAUGAUGAAUGGCAGAAAGCGAGAGACCCUAGCAAGCCCCCCAACAGGUGUAAGAGGCGAGCUGUCCAGAAAUCCAGGAGACGUCAGAAGGAGGAGCAGAAGCAAAUGAACAAGAAGCAGAGGAAGACGGAACAGAAGCGGAAGGAGAAAGAACUUCAGGCAAUCCGAGACCAGCUUCUGAGGACUCUAGAUGAGAAAAAGGAAAAAAAGAAGAAAAGACAAGAUUCAGAGACCCCACACCACAAACCCAGCAGUGAACCAGUCCACUUAAUGUCCAGAGCCACAAAGAGUCCAGAAAGACUUGAAAUUGAGCGGCAACUGACAGAAGCACAGAGAAAGGAGCACGAAUUGCAAGAAAACUUGCGGCGUCUCGAAGCUCAGGAACAUAAGCAAGAGAAGAAACUACGCAAAUUGGAAAAGAAGAAAGCGAAAAAACAACAGAACACAACACAAAGUGCUCCAUCGCUGCCAUCAGAACAGAGAAACUUUCCUCACCAGACUUUCAACAACACAGAUUUCAUGGCAAGCAAGUACGACCAGAAAAAUCUAACCAGCUCAUUUGAUCACAAGCGUAUGUCGAAGGAGGAGCGGGACAAAGGCCUGGCAGACUUGAUGGACCAAGUAAGGAGGAAGCAGAGAAGCUCUGAGGAUGGAGGCAGUGAUGUCACGGGGAAAAUGUCCGAUGCUGCUGAUGCUGUUUAUGCAGGCCAGGAGAGGAAAACUUCUGUUACUGCGAGACAGAAUGAUACACCAACAUCCGCCAGUACAUGCACCACACCAACUUCUGGGAUCAUGGCUGCAACCUCGCUGCUCGACCAGCAUCUGGAGGCCUACCACGAGCUGAUGAAGCUGCAGCCGAGACGGCACACGGAGCAGCAACUCCGCGAGGAGAGACUGCGCAUCAGGGAUGCUCAACUCAGAUCACAUCAAUCGGAGCUUGAGCGACUCCGUAGAAAACCCAGCAAUGAUUUAUCCCAAGAUGACCUGUACAUGAAGCGAGACGAACUGCUGCGGAAGCAAAGAGAAAAAGAACGUCUGAGAAACGAAGAAGAGGCAUUUGAACUGAAGAAAGAGGUUGAGAGGCAGCGCAGCGCCCCCUCAGCCCCGGUCAGCAGGAAGUACUACGAGAGCAUAUCCUACCAUGAGAAGCAACAUAGCAAGAUGGAGCCUCACACACCACACAGACAGACACCCAGGCGGACAUCGAGAACACCCCCUCUCAUCACGACUUUUGACAACCCCAUCAAGAGAGAAAUUCCCAACCGGCAGAGUACGUGGAGUCGUGUGGUGACCAGUGAGACGCCAUGGGGAGAAAGGACUCGGAAGCAGAUUGAGCUGAAGACAAUGCUGCCGAGCAACAUGGACGAAGAGGAGGAGAUGCUGCAACAGGCGCUGUCCCUCAGCAUGCAAACGGCCGAACUGGACAUGCAGCAGAGAAAGUGGCAGGAGCAGCUGGAACAAGCAGAAGUUGACCGGCAGAUUAUGGCAGCAGCCAACAGGACAACACCCAAUCAGCAGACCGGCACCAGAAACCGGAGCUCCCACCAGGUGGAGCCAACUGUUUGUUCCCCGAUAGCGAAGUACCCUCUCUCCGACAAGUUCUUAGUGUAUCCGGGACCCUCUGUCAAUCAGUCAGCCAGCAGCUUGGCAGAAUUUGAAGCCCGACCGUCAUGGUCUCUACCUCCAAAGCCCAAAUCUGAAACAAGAAAAGUGUGUCGGCCAAAACCAGCAAGCAGGGACACCUGGUCUCUCUGCCCCGGCAGACCCUCGGAUGACGACUGGAGCUGCUCCAAGUCAGCUAAAAUGGAAGGUGUUGAAUCUGAACUUGAGGAAUAUGAUAACGCAGUGGAAGAAGGACACUUUCAGUUAAAAAGCCUUGUUAAGAAUGGCCAUGCAUGUGAACCGACUUCUUUGAGUUACGAAACGUCAUGCAUGCAGAACAACCCUUGGACAAAUACUCAGCAUCAUGGUGUGAACAGAAAUGUGAAUUCCAGUCACAAAGCUGGCCAUGAGAAAAAGUCACUUGGCCAAGUUAUGAACAAGCCUUUGCUUAACACUAAUGACAACUCAAAUAAUUUCAACAGCAACACCCAAAAACAUCUGAAAGCAAGAGACUCGUCAAGCCACCAGGAAACCACUGAUGACUGGGAUGCUGAGUGUCGAUGGAAGACAGAGGGCCCGUCGUAUCCACUACGCAAGUACAAGCCCAAGCCUGAUUCAGGGAAGUCUUUGUCAGGUAAAAGAGUUAAUGAGAAUCUCUUGCCUCCCAAGCCCCUCUCUCUGAUGCUAGGAAACCGUGUUCCUUGUAGUGCUGAAAUUCAAGUGCAAACAGAUCAACAGACUCCCAAAACCAUUCCUGGAUUCCUGGGGAACCCUUUGCCGUGUACAGCUGAAGUUACUGUGCAAACAGAAGAUCAACAGACUCCAGUAACGAUCCCUGCCUUUCUAAGAAAUCCUCUGCCUUGUACUGCUGAAGUUCCUGUGCAGACUGAUGGUCAACUGCAAACAGAAGCGGUUGGUGUUCACAGUAUUACGAUUGAGGCCGAGACAAACACAGAACCGCUUGUAGAGCCUGACCUGGUUCCAGAGAGACAUGACUGUUUCACACAGACCAAAGUCUCCUCGGGUUUUGUAGGAGGGGUUUGGGACUCUGCAUCCAACAAUGCUGACAAGAUUCCUGUUCCUAGGCCACAGACAAAUUCUUUGCCUGAUCAAGAGGUGUUGAAAAAAAUCCCUCCAAAUGGAUUUUCCCACUCCCACGUGAGUAAUUUCAGAGGUCAGACAAGUAACAGGGUGCCUCAGAUGGCACCAGAGGAUAUGGGAAAACAGCCUCAGAGACAGAAGCCCGAGGACUGGGAUGACAAUCUGCUUGUUUCAUCCUUUGCAGAAGUAAGUGUUAAGAAUCAUGCUGCAAAAAGAACAGAAAAUAGUAUCACUGUCAACACAAAUCAUGAAAACACCAUGAUUCCAAGACUGCCUGUUAUAACUCCUGUGUUGAAUGAUAGCCCGCAGCAGAACCAGGUGACUGAAAGAAUGAUGACGGAUGAUCAGAAGCUGAGCGAUCAUCACUACAAUGUCCAGCAAGCAGAACAAACCACUCAGCCAUCAGGAAGAAAUGUCAGUGGAUGUGUAACUUCAGAACAAUCCAGUCUACCUGGUGGCCUUCCUAUCGGACUUCCUCAACAUCUGAUCCAGGCAUAUCUACAGUUUGUGACACAAAAUGAAACUCAACCAAUUCAUCAACAAGCCUCCCCACAUCCAGGUCCAGAGAAGUGUGUGCAAGAUGUUGCCUCUCACAAAGCUUCCAGUGAGAUGACAUCCAAUCCUCCGUGUAGUGCAACAUCUGCAACAUAUGCUCUGCCAGGCAGCCCUGGCUUCAUGUCUCCGAUGUGGUCCCACCUGUAUCCAUGGAUGGGCCCACUUAUGGCUAACCCUGUUAUGUCGCAUCCAAUGAUGCCCUUCUGUCCUCCUCCGGUUUUUGCCUACUCGCUUCAGCAACAGAUGAAGCCACAGGAGCCUGAUGCUAAAGAAGUCACAUCAAGCCAGCGGUCACAUCAAGGGAUUGCACAAAGAAGCUGUGUCAGUCAAGAGCAAGUACAUGGCAGUCCUCAUCGAUGGAACUCGGGCUUCGGUCAACAGGAUCCUGUAUCCUUGAACAAAUCAAGUAGCCAUGAAUCAGAGAUAUGUAAAGGUUCAGAAGGUAGUAGGUUAGAUACUGAGGUUGAGAACUGCACAGCCCAGCAGACCUGUUCUGGUUUUGGACAGAAGGAGCCAACAAACAGUGUUUGUGUAGGACAACAGGAGCCGAUGAACAAGGGUGGUUUUGGACAGAAUGAGCCAAUGAACAAGGGUGGUUUUGGACAGAAGGAACCAAUGAACAAGGGUGGUUUUGGACAGAAGGAGCCAAUGAACAAGGGUGGUUUUGGACAGAAGGAGCCAAUGAACAAGGGUGGUUUUGGACAGAAGGAGCCAAUGAACAAGGGUGGUUUUGGACAGAAGGAGCCAAUGAACAAGGGUGGUUUUGGACAGGAGGGGCCAAUGAACAAGGGUGGGUUUGGACAGAAUGAGCCAAUGAACAAGGGUUCUUUUGGACAGCAGGAGCCAAUGAACAAGGGUUCUUUUGGACAGAAUGAGCCAAUGAACAAGGGACAAGCACAAGGGUUCUGGAUGCAACAGAAUCAACCCGGUUCUGAAGGCAAUAUGAACAACAGCAACCUGGUAGACGGUGAAAUGGGGGACACCCUGACACAGUCAGAUGGACCUUACAGCUCAAGGAACAUGAGGUCAAACAUCCCACCAAGGUUCCAGCGACAGAAGCGUUUGGAACUGAACAAGAAGAUCAAGACUCUAAUACAGGAAAUAAACAAAGAACAGGAAGAUUAUAAAGAGACAGAAAUCGUCACAGAGGAGGACCGUAUCUCGGCUUAGAGUGGAAAGUUACUCCCUAAACCUGCCACACCUCAUCAAGACUAUCACAAUGUUAUUUAUUACCAAGGCGUAUGCAGUUCUAGUCAUUUCCUGUCUUCUCAGUGCAUUGAUAUUUGAUGUCUUAAAAAAUGUACACAACUGAAAUUAUUCAGUGCUUUACCUCGUUUUUGUCCAAUAUUGUCAUCAUCAAUCAUAUUCGUUUGACUAUCAGAAGUUGUCUCAAAAAGCACAACUCGGGCCUCAUGAUUGUUGGUUUCAUUUAGUUUGCUAAUCCAGAAACACUUUGUCAUCAAUCUUCAUGGUUUCUUAGCUUCAACUGUGAGCCAUUGGCAAGUUUUUAUUUUCCAAAGAGACAGUUAUUUUGAUUUUGAAUUAGACAUCUCACGUAGAAACUAAAACUGUUACUUUCCACUUUAUAAUUCAGUAUUUUUCAUGAUCAAAUUGAAUAAUAGAUUUCUUUUCAUAAAUAUACUACCAAAAAAAAGUUGAGCAACACCCAAUUCUUUGAUAUUACCAAUAUGAAUCAUUUUGAUAUGUUUGAUGUGAGAAACAGUUAAUAUUCAGAAGAUGAGGUUUGAGAGAUAGAUAUUUGACUGGUAUGUUUAGUUGGUAUUUCAGAAAUAUAACAACCCUAAGCCUCAAGUUGGAAGAACAUGAAGACAUGAAAUUAUUAUAGAUAACACUUUCUUCAUUGUUUGUAAUGACGUCUCAUCAGAAGUAGCCCUGAAAUGUCAUUACAUUAAAGAAAGUGUUAUCCAUUCAAGAUUCAUGUCUUUAUAGCCAGUUGGCUGCAUUUGGUUAGCUGUUGUGAUACCUUUUUACUUGAUGGACACACACGCUCACAUCACAUCGAAAGAAAAGAGACUGUCAUGUUGGAUGUUUUGAUGUUGCAGAAUGUGUCAGCCUGUCAAAAGAGUCUCUGAAAUUGAACAAUAUGCCGGGGAUAUUUUUUCUGUUUUUGAAGGUUUUUUUAAUAUAUAAGUUCUGACAUGUUCUGAGGAUUUCUUCUCAUUUCUUUUGUUUGUUGAUUAUGAGGACCUCCGAUACCAUAGGUUCAUUUCUAAAGGUGCUACUAUUUCCUCACUGAUGUAUAUUUAUGUGUGCUAACUAGUCAACAAAUGUGCUCACUACAGUAGUAAUACUGCUUGUUAUAUAUCUUCUUACUUUUGUAAUCAUUUAUAUGUUUGAUUAAAAUUGUUCUGAGAGAUG